AGAUACUUUAGUAUUUCCCCUACGUUCUGUAAGCAUCAUAUUGACGUUGGACGUCGUCUCUUUACUAUUCAAUUCAAUGCUUUUGCAUAUGACACUCGGCCGGGCACUACCGAGAGGCUUAGCAGGCUAAGCAGCUAUGCAAGCGGCGGGAUUGCUGCCGCUUAUACUGCUUCUGGCAUUGCCAGGGUGGUCUACUGUCGUUGCAUGGGCUUCGACGACGCCGCGGGAGGCUUCGCCUUUUCUUUUGCACCCAACACGGCAGAUAUACUGUGUCCCUUACCUUGACGGCAAUUCGGAAAGCCUAUACGCGCUUAAAGCGAGUACAUUUCCACCAAGUGCAGCAUGGAGCAUUCCUUUAGAGCGUGGCGAGCGAUGUGGAGCGCUUGCUAGCGCUGGCCGGCGGACAUGUGUUUUGACAAAUAAGCAGCGGCUUCUAUGUGCGGGCGCGUCGGACGGCAACUUGGUGUGGCAACGGCAGCUAGCCGGGGGUUGGCGUCUGACCCCCGCUCUCACGCUGCCGUCGAAGGUCUUGGUGACAUGGAGCCCAGAGCUAGGGUCUCUAGCAGCUUACAGUGAAGAAGGACAGCUGCUGUUAUCCGUCGCAGAUCAGUGGUCCUUGCUUAUAGCCGCUAUGGCUGCGGGGCCAUCUCUUCUAGCGCUGGGGCGACCGACAGGCGACCCUGCCUCACUCACACUCUCCAACCUCAACAUCACCACCUCGCGUUUGGACUGGGAGGCGCAGCUACCACUCUGGCUAUCAGCUCCGGGAGUCAUGACGUCUCUGGCCCUUAUAGGAUCGGGCCGUACGGCAUUGCUUGCUGCAGGGACUGCCACCCCAUCGCACCUUCCCACAGACGACUCGGCGUUUCCGCAGCUGACGCUGAUCCUUACGGAGGUAGCCACUGGGCGGAUGGAGGUAGCGACGGCUGCAAGGGUGGCAGGCGUGGGGCGGCUCCUGGCGCUUGGUCAGCCCUUGGAGGGCUACAGCAGUAGCGGCGAUGGUGGCGACACGGCGUCAGCGUUGCUGCUGCUGCUGCCCGUUGUGUUCACACCCAGCAGCGACGUGUCACAGGUGCGGGGCGGCCUGCUGUCUCUCCGACGGCUUACAGCAGAGCAGUCGGGAGCUGCCUUUAGCGAAGAUGUCGGCAAGGAAGCAGCAGCAGCGGCGGCGUUCUUGAUGGCACAGACGACGCAAACGGUGCUCGGCGCUACGUUGCUGGCCUCAUGGGAGCUGCAGCCGGCGUCAGUUGCUGGAAAUAGACUUGUUGAUACGUACGCCGCGCCUUCCUGCACAUCGCUGCAACGCCAUGCGGCUGCUGCAUGCAUCAUGGAGGAGGAUACCGCCGCAGCUGCAGCUCUGCCGACGGACGCCGCCGCCGCCGCCGUCAGGACGCGCCGCCGGCAGUUGGUAGUCGUUGGCCUGUCGGUUGGCGAUGUCGUACUGCAACGAAACUAUCCGGCGUCAGGUGGUGUAGCCGAUAGCCACGUCAGCGGUUGGUGGUUUGCAGCCGUUGAGGGCGGCUACGAGGCAACGGCUGCCUUGGAGCUGCUAGCAGUACUGCCCAGCACCAACGCAGCUGGAGUGGCUGUCCCGGGGGCGGAAGCGGCGGGAGACAUCAAUGGCGAUGGCAGCAGUGAGGCGACGGCGUGUGGGGACGCUAACGUGGCGGCUUGGGUGGCGGAGCUCAUAUCGUACGGCCACAAUGCCGCGUCAAGCAGCGCUAGCGCCGCCACCGCAGCUACGGUGGCGCCACGCGUUCGGUUCAGAGCGCUCUGUCGUGCUGCGGUUCCGGAGCAACGACAGGGGCAUGAAGCGAUGACGGGGUUAGCAACGUCGGGGUCAGCGACGUUGACAGCCAUCCUUAGCGAUAUCGAUGACGAUGAAAACGAUGAUAGCGGAAUCGCCGUCAGCCGGCGAAGCCGCCGCCAGGUGCUACAGUGGCAUCAACGUCCACCCAGUCCCCUGCCACCUUCACCAUUUCCCAAGCCACCCCCACCGCCGCCAAGACCCUCACCACCGGCGCCUCCGCCGGUGCCGCCCUCACCGCCGCCAUCGCCGCCUCCACAUCCGCCGCCAUCGCCUUACCCCUGCCCCCGCGCCAUGCCGGGCCGUACGGCGGGCGCCGUUGCCACGUUCUACAACGGCACCAACCUAGCCGCAGCCGAGGCGGCUACCUUGGAACUGAAAGCCCAGGAGGCCAUUCCGCAGCUGCUUCCUGGUAACAUCACAGUGCUCUUCCAAUGCAACAUCCCCAACAAUGUCUCCCUCAACCUUUCCACCUUUGCUUGCGAGCCCCAGGGCGUGAAACGUGUUAGCGGCGACAGCCUCCGCUACUACGCAAACAACGCGUCGACGCUUGCCUGCAGCGCCCGCAUCCGCCAUUUCUUCAAGCCACCGCCGCCAUCGCCGCCUCGCCCCCCUGCGCCGCCUGGCUUUCCUCCUCCCUUCCCACCGUCUCCCGUCACACCGCCGUCGUUCCCUCCAUCUCCCUUCAGUCCUCCGCCCCUCACUUCACCACCCUUCAAUCCACCACGACCCUUCGACGCACCAGCCGUGCCGUACGACGGCGGCGGCGACCCCACCCUCAAUGCGCCGCCAUCCACGCCAGCCGUAACCUACGACACCCUCGACGUCGUCCCCCUGACCUGCUACGCCACCAUGGAUACCAAUGGCACGACCCAUACAGUCGAUGAGGGGCUGGAGCCAUUGACCACGUUUGACUCGUCAAGCCUGGCAGGAUGCCGGCUUAAGGAUCAGGCGCCGGCGCGUAUGUCGUAUUCCACUGCCGUACGAUGUGCGGCCCUAAGCACACCCUCGCCGGUGUACGUGCCGCCGUCGCCCAGCGGCUACGAUACGUAUGUCAGCUGUGAUCGCUUCUUUGGAAAGCCGGACGCAGGUGGAGGCGAGGGGCUGCAGAAGCGACUCAGUGUUCUGCUGGGAGAGGAGCAGCCGCUCCCAGCGUUGACGCAGCUGCUGUGCCCCAACCCGCCCUGCUACGGCCCCGCGGCGGCUGCGUUGGAGGUGUUGAUGGGCUACAGUCGCCGCGCCAACAUCAACGUGGACCUGAAGAUCUACAGCCCGCCGCCGCCGCAGCCUCCCUCACGGCGCGUGUCGCCGCCGCCGCCACCCCCUCCAUCCUCCAAUGCCAUCGACUGGGUCCUCAUGUUCGAUCCCGCCAGCACCUACUGCCUCGACCUCUCCCUGCACGUCGCACCGCCCCCUCCCCAUGUAUCCUCGCCGCCGCCCGCGCCGCCGCCGCCACCGUCGCUGCUGGCGCCGCCACCGUCCCCCAAGUCCCCGGAACCGGGAGCCCCCCUAGAAACCCCACCCCCAUCGCCAACGCCGCCGCUUCCGUUGCCGCCCUCGCCGCCGCCGCCGCCGCCCUCGUCACCGCCGCCGCCGCCGCAAUCCCGCAGCCUCUCGCAACUCUUCUCCACCGCGUUCGGCGGGUUCCAGAUCCUCCCUGCUGCUGAGGCCUCAGUGUGCAUGUCAGGCGGCUACACGCCUUUCAGGUUGGCCCAUGUGGCUGCCUCCGGAGCGGGCCUGCGGGGAUCCAUCGGUGUGGACAUACUGCGAGACCGGCUGCUGCUGUCAGACGGCAUCCCCGUGUCCAACUUGAUCUCCAUAGACCUCUCCAAUAACACCAUCUACGGCACAUUGCCGGGCAGUAACAGCAGCCUCAGCACAGCUACUACCCUUGACAGCACCAGCACCAGCACUGCAAGCAGCAGCAGUAGCAGCAGCCAGAGCAGUAACAACAGCACGCUUAUCGGCUACGACUUUCCGUGCCUGUUUUGGAACCUCAGCCGCAACUACCUGUCCGGCGGCAUUCCCUCGACCUUUUACAUGCACAGUGCGCUGGUGGUUGACUUGUCGUACAAUCGCCUGAGCGGACCGUUGCCGGAGACCUGGACCCUGUUGGAGACGGCGGUGGUGCUGGACCUCUCAGGCAACCAGCUGACCGGCACCCUGCCCCUGAGCUGGGCCAUCGACUUGGGCACUCCCUCCGGUCUCACCACGCACCGGGACUACAACGGGCUGCGCAGAAGCCUGGAGCAGCAGCAGUGGUCACCACCACCAUCAGCACCAUCUGCCACAUCCGCAACCCGACCUUCUCCUCGCAGCCAAGGUGACCUUGUACCGGACGUCAGCGACCACACCUCAUCCGCAUACGGCUACAGUUACGGUGAUGAUGACGAGGAUGAGGCCGCCGGCUUGCCCUCUCAGCAGCAACAGCAAGGGCGACACCAGCAGCAGGGUUUCAGCAGGCAAGGGCCGGGUCAGCGGCGCCGCCGGCACCGGCGCGGGCUGUUGCAGAUUGGGACCAACACCGGUAGCGCCUCCCCGCCUCCGCCACCCCUGCCGCCCUCCCCGCCGCCCUCGCGCCUGCGGUCCAUGCACACGCUGCGGCUGGCGGGGAACCGGCUGAGUGGGGCGCUGCCGGAGGCCUGGAUGAACCUGGCGACCAACGAGUUGGACCUCUCCAACAACAACCUCUCGGGCCCCGUCCCCGCCGACUGGAGCGGAGUUGCCUCCAUGCAGCUGCUGGACCUCAGCGGCAACACCCGCCUCAACGGGUCCAUUUGGGGCAUAUCCCUGCCGGUGCUGCUGCAAGUGGCCAAGGUUGCCGACACGGGUGUGGUUUUGGAGCCCGAGGUGGUGCUGUCGGGCUACCACCCGCGACCCGCGCUGUGGGUGAUGCUGGUGGACGCCAUCCUGCGCGGCCGCCUCAGCCUGAACAACGUGCGGCGGCCGGAGGUGCAGGCGGAGGACCUGAGAGGCAUCUGCGACGUAUUUAGGGCCUACCGUGCCUACCAGCAGCAGGCCGAGUCCGCCGUGCCCCACAACCUGUACAACAUCACCACCUCCCGCGAUCUCGGCCGCGCCCUCUUCACCCUCUCCCUCGCCAACGCAACUGCCACCGCCAAGCUCUUGAACACUUCCGCCUCCAACUCAAACAGCAGCACCCUUCCCCUACUGCUGCCUGCCGGGGAGCCCUCCGCGCCGCCGCGCCCCAUGUACGGCUUCAUGGCCGACUUUGCGACGUGGGUGGCGGGCGGGCCGCCCGGUGCCGCGCCCUCCGAAACCGCCUGGCUGGCGCGGCCCGAGGAGUGGUGCUACGAGCGUAACGUGGCGGUGCUGCUGCGCCCGGUGCUGGGGCUGUGGCUGCCGGUUGUGACGUUGCUGGUGGCGAUGGUGCUGCCCAUGCCCUGCUACUACUACUGGCGUCGGAGGGAUGAAGAGAUGGAGAAGCGCGCUGCCGCCGCCGCCGCCGCCGCUGCCGCCCAGGGCGUGACCGCGCUGGUUCAGGUGUCAGGGAAGCAUCAAGACGAACCGCAAGCCUCCGCUCCCUUCUUCGCAAAGAACCUCAUAUCUCGCUUGCAGCAGGUAACUGCCCGUCGCCCCGCUCCGGAAAUCAGCCGCAAGCCCACCGCAGUGCGCUUCGUCCUAGAGCCGGAGGCUCCGCCGACGGCGCCGGCGGCGGCAGCGGCCGCCGCUUCAUCCGCCGCCAUCGCCGCCGCUCAGGCUGCAGUGACGCGUUCCGAGGACUGGACGAGAGGAGCAUCCCGGCGCUCCGGAAGUGACCCGCCCGUGAUGGGCUUGACUAGCAUGCUGCCCUCAGCACGCUUCACACCACACUCCCAGGCGUCGCUGACGCCGGCAGGGGUGCUGAGCUGGCCUGGACAUCCGCCUAGCGGUUCGGUGCAUUCGCUUCCGCCACUGGUUCCCCUGCCGGGGAUGCAACCAAGGCCGGUCUUGGUCACAGCGUCCUCCGCCCCCGCCGCCGCCGACGGCGGCGGCGGCGCUGGUGAUGAAAGGGGCGGUGGAGGUGAAAGCGGCGGCGGCGGUGGGGCCGCGGCCGCUGGUCCGGUUGCAGAGGCGCUGGAGGAUGAUGACGUGGCGACGACGCCGACAGCGACGGCGCCUGCAGCGGUUCCCGCGGUCGGCUUGCGCGGCUUCCUAGCUCGCAACAGUGGCGGCGGAGGCAGCGUGGUGCGCACCUCCACACCCACGCUGGUGGUGGGCUUUGGCGAAGGAGAGGGCACUGACGGAGGUGCUGCGUCGCCGUCAGCGCCCAAGGUACCGACGUCGCCGUCGGGCAGGCCUAAAGGCCGCAGCCGAACAUCCAUGCUGGCGCCUCCGCCGGUGAUUGUCACUGAGCGUCCCGACCUCAGCACCCCCAUCAGCCUGCUGAAUGGAACCCUGGGAGCCGAGUCGCCACGGCCGGUUGCGGCACCCGUGCCGGCGGCGGCCGCCAAGAACCGCCGUACAUCUGCCGUCGUGGUGCCCAUCCCAGACCAUGUGGAGGACCUGGACUCCCCGCUGCGGUCACCCAGCCGUAAGCCGCGUACCAGCCGCGAUCCUCUUUCUCCCGGCUCGCCGAGCCGCAAGAAGGGUAAGAAGCUCGGAGUGCGGGUGAUGAAGGCCGCAGCGGCCGCUGCAGCUGGCGGCAGCGGCGGGCCUGCUGUCGACGGUGGCGGCGAAAGCGCCGGCGGUCCUUCCAGCCCUGGUUCUCCCGUCACCCCCCUCCGCGCCCUCGCCGCCAAGAACUCCCAGCGGCGCAUGGCUCGUAAGACCUCCGCUCGCUCUAAGCCGCAGUCCCAAAUGCUGCCGACGCCCGACGCCGCGCUUGAAAGCGCGCACAAGCCCAUGAACCGCAACCCUGGUCUGGUUGCCUCGCUGCAACAAGGCAGCGCCGGUGCCACGGCGUCGCCUUCAACACCGCCCCGUCAUCGUAGCCGCGGUGCUUCCAUGGCACCCUCACGGCAGGGUUCGGCAGCCGUGGAGCCUCCCUCCUCACAGGAGCUCCCUCGACUGCCCGUGCCCACGCCGUCUCGCCUCUCCACGCCCAACUCUACCAACUUCGGACCGCUUUCGGGACUGCUUCCGGGCGGCCGACAGCCACGCAUGUCCGGCACUUCGGAGCUCCCACCAGAGCUGGAGGUCUCAGCAUCGGCUGGCGGCAAGCCUGCCAAAAUGCGCUCCCGUGCAGUGUCAACGCUGUUGGUGAGUGGCGCCACCACGGGUGAGGAAAGCGUGGGCGGCGAUGGUGCCGGUAGUCCAAGCUCCGGAGCGGUUAAGCGCAGGGUGGCGCGCACUCGAACCAAGUCGACGGAGGAGGGUAAGACGGCAGCGGAGGCGGCAUUGGGUGGUCUCCCCAAGAGCCCCAGCCGGAGAGUGACGAAGACGAAGUCGAAGAAGGUGACGGGGGCGGAGAUGACGGACGCAGAGGGUGCUUCUCCCGUACGUCGUGUAGCUCGGACGAAGUCCAAGAAGGCGGCAACGUCGGAGGCGGAGGCAACGGAGGCAGAGGGGUCACCCAGCCGGAAAGUAACACGCACCAAAUCAAAGAAGGCUGCGACGUCUGGAGUGGAGACAACGGAUGUGGAGGCGUCGUCGUCUAUGCGACGGGUAGCGCGGACCAAGUCAAAGAAGGCGGCAACUUCGGAAGCAGGGACGACGGAGGCGGAGGCAACUGAACGGGAAGGCUCUCCAAGCCGGCGGGUCGCACGCACCAAGUCCAAAAAGACAGCGGCAUCUGAAGCGGGGAGAACAGAUGCGGAAGCUUCUACAUCUAUCCGGCGGGUUGCGCGCUCCAAGUCGAAGAAGGGUGCAGCGUCAGAGGCGGAGGCUACUGAUGCAGAGGGCUCGUCUAGCCGCCGUGUGGCCAAGACCAAGUCGAAGAAGGGCGGGACAUCGGAAGCGGAGGCAACGGACGUGGAGGGCUCGUCUAUCCGGCGGGUCGCACGCACCAAGUCCAAGAAAGGUGCGACUUCAGAAGCAGAGGUGACAGAUCGGGAAGGCUCUCCCAGCCGGCGAGUCACACGCACCAAGUCAAAGAAGUCUGCGACUUCGGACGCGGAGGCAACGGAUGCGUCAGGCCGACGAGUGACCAAGACAAAGUCGAAGAAGUCCAAGGAGGAAACAACGGAUGGUGGGACCCCAUCCGUCCGGCGGGUGACCCGCAAGAAAUCCAAAAAGUCUGCGGCUUCGGAAGGGGAGGCAGUGGAGGCGGAGGGGCAAGCCGGCUCAAAGGCGCCAGAAGCUGAAGAGGGGAAGGCUGCGUCCGCGGGUGCUGAAGCCUCAGCCUUCAGCAGCAUUGGAGGUGCGACGGCUGCUGCGGCAGCACUAGGCACCACAGAAGACGACAAGUCCAGGGCCGCAUCGGGCGCGGGAGCAGUCGACGAGGAGGAGGCCACGGCGCAGGCAGCGGGCAUCCCCGCCAUCCUGGCGUCGAUUCCUGUCGUACGGCCGGGCAGCGGUCGUGGCGCCCUGGCGGCUCGUAGCGGACCCGAUGCGGGGUCGACAGCAUCUGCGGAAGAGCUGACCCUACCCUCAGCACCAUCCGGAGUGGCGCGUACGGAAUCCGCGACCCGGCCACCGCUCCCAGCGCUGCUGCGCGACUCUGCCACGAGUACUGCUGACGGAGGAACUUCAAUUCUACCUGGAGAGGCGGAGGAGCCGUUGUUGCAGCCACGACCUACAACGCCUCCUCCGACGAUGCAGCCGGCCACUGUUGCCGCCGCCGCAUCGUUGCCCUCAUCCUCGGAAGAUGAAGAGAGCAUGAGUGAGGCGCGCUACCGCGAGACCUCCCAGGCGCGACGGUCCUCCCGGAAAGUGUCAUACAGCGGUGUCGGUGCCGGCAGCCGUCGUGCCUGGGACCAGAGUCGGCGCGGCAGCUUUGACGGCGAGGAGGCCGAUGAAGCACCGCCGGAGCCGGAACUCAUUUCCGUCGGGCCACCGCCUCCACCGCCGCCCAAGCCACAGAAGAUGCGUCCUGUACGGCACCCCUUGCAGACCGUGCUGCACUACUACUGGUUGGUGUGGGAGUUCCUGGGCCCACGGGUCGGCGCCAUCGUGUAUCUGUUCAGCGUGGCCACAGAUGCGCUGUUCAUCGCGGCGUACGUGAGUCCCAGCCUGAGCCUUGCGCCGCCGGUGGUUGUCGGCGUCAUAUUGCUGCUCUUCUUCACAGUCAGCUGGGCCAUCCGGCUGCACAUCGCCUGGGGUCUCGGCCUGCUGCCCGCAUCCGCACUCGCGCUGCUCACCCUGCCGUUCGGUCUGCCGUACGAGCUCACCUGGGACGUCGUAACUGUCGUACUUGGCUUCCUGCUGGGCUCGCCCGAGGCCUUCAACCGCUCCAUUCGCGGCUUCGCGCUGUACUGCUGGCACGGCCGGCCUGGCUGCUUCAGCCUGGCGCCAAACAUGCGCGUCUUCCGGAUCAAGCUGCUGCUGGAGCCGCUGCUCAGCGCGGCGCCGCAGGCGAUUGUGCAGUCCGCCUUCUACCUGGUGGCCUACCGCUCCGGCUUCGUAAUCACCCCGCACGUCUACAUCAUCUCCGCCGCCGCCUCCGCCGCCUCGCUGCUCAAGGCCGCGGCGGCGCUGCACCACUAUGCGUACGGCGGGGUGCCGCUGGCGCACGUGUUCAAGCAGCGCGGACCCGCAUUCAACCAGGAGCUGCUGCGGCUGGAUGCACUGGAGGACAUUACGGAGAAGGACGAGGGUGCCAAGGAGGACCCCAUGUCGCUGGUGCACAAAAUCCUCGGCCUGCGCGCCGCCUCCUUCGCCUCCCGAGUGCGCAUCGCACCGCAGGACGGAUCCUCACGUCGGGGCACCGUUGCGGCGGCGCCCUCCACCUCCCUCACCACCACCGCGGCGACCACGCCUGCUGCCUCGCGGCCCUCCUCCGCCGGCACCAGCAAGCGCGAUGCUGCUGCCGCUGCUGCUGCCGACGGCGGACAGGGCGGCUCCGCCGCCGCCACUGCUGCCGCAGCGCUGCCCUCGGCGGCAACAGCCACUGGAGCUGCGAGCUCCGCAGCCUCUGGUGGUAGUGCGACUGCUGCUGCUGGUGGUGAGCAGGAGGAGCAGGGCACGACGCCGCGGACGCCAGCGGCGGUGGAAUCGGAAUCCGAGGUACAGCCGGUGUCCACGACGGAGGUCACCACAGCGGCGCCGUCAGCGGCCUCCAGUCGUCCCGGCAGCGCUGGUAGCCCCAGCAGGCCCCGCGGGCCGCCCAACCGCCUGGCCAGCAUGAAGAAGGCCGCCGAGGGCUUCAAGAACCUGGCGGCAGUGGCGUCGGCGCUUAUGAGUGGUGGCGGCGCCGCUGGCUCCACCGCCGGUGCUUCCACUGGCGGCGCGGCGAGCUCCGGCGGAGAGGAUGCCAACAGCGGCAGCGAGGGCGGCCGCUCGCUCAGUGUCAAGUCCCGAGCUCUGAGCAACCGCUCUCGCAACGUCAGCAUGCUCAAGGGUGGCCGUCUCAAGUUUGCGGCCUCCCUGCGAUCACGUGCUGACGCCUCCGGCGCCGCUGCUGGCAGCCGCAGCAGUGCCGCUGCUGCCGCCGCCGCAGUCCGUGCGGUUGACGGCGCCGCCGCCGCCGACGCGUUGGAAAGCGCCCCCGCCAGCCCGCACAAGGCUUCUGGGCAGACCGGGAAGUACGGCAACCACAUCCCCAAGCCCUCCGCGCCCAACGCCUUCUUCGGGUCCACGGACGACCGGCCAGAGUUCCAUGUGCCGUACAACCCGCUUGGUUUCGGCGAUGCCGCCAGUACGGCAUCCAUGGCGGCGAGAUGGAGAUCCCGGGCCUCCACCGCCGCCGAGACGCGCCGCGCCAACGAACAGUCGGCAAACACCGCUGCGUGGGCGGCGAUUCUGGGGCCCGACGGCGCCCUUCGCCCCUUGCAACAACGCCCCGGUGGCGCCGGGCCGUCGGCGGCGCCCUCGAACUCCUGGCACGCGCCAGUGUUCGCUCUUCCGCCGGCGUCUCCGGCCGCGCGGUUCAGCCAAACGAUUAUGGCGGCGCAGCAGCAGCAACAGCAGCAGCAGCAAUUGCUGCAGCAACAACAACUGCAGCAGCAACAGCAGCUACAGGCGGGCAUGUACGGCAUGUAUGGAGCGGGAAUGUACGGCGGAGCAAGUACCGGCGGCGGAGCGGGAAUGUACGGCGGAGCAAGUACCGGCGGCGGAGCGGGAAUGUACGGCGGAGCAAGUACCGGCGGCGGUGCGGGAAUGUACGGCGGAGCAAGUACCGGCGGCGGCGCCAUCUCCACCGUCACCAGCAUGCCUACCACACCCGGAGCCACCACCGGCGCAUCUCCCACGCCGGCAGCAACCAGUUGGGGCGGCGCCUCCUUCGCAACCGCCACAACCGCCGGCGGCGUUAACCCCAUGUACGACCCAUCUGCCUAUCAGCAGUACGUCGCGUACUACAGCGCCCUUCAACAGCAGCAGUACGCUGCAGCCGCUGCGGAGGCCGCCAGGUUGGCUGCAGCGCAAGCACAGGAGCAAGCACAGGCACAGGCUCAAGCACAGACUCCUCCCGAGGAGCCAAGCCCUGCGGCCGCUGCCCCAGCUGCCCCAGCAGCGGCACCGGAAGCUGAUGCAGGCGAUGCUGAUGCCGCCGAGCCAUCAGGAUCCGCGUUGGAUGCACCAGGAGUCGAUCCCACGCUGUUCCCGCUGGUGUCAGGACCGAGCGGCCGCUUGCCACCGCUUGCAAGGGUGUCGCAGGUUGCCACCGCGGACCCCUCGAGUAUUGUGUAGAAGGAGGGGGGGGGCGUGGCGGAGACAGCUGGGGGCGGUGGUGAAGUGGUGGUGGUGAGGGGAGGGCUGUUGGCCUAUGGCUACCGCGUUGGAAGGGAUAACGCUAGUUUGGUAGGGUCGUGGAAGAACGGCGUGGACCCAAGACGCCGUGCAGCUGUGUUGUGUGACUUGAAUGUGGGGCCGCAGGUAUAGCAACCCACGUAGAUGAUGUCGCGUUUCGAUGAGCGCGGGCGUGUGUGAGCGUGCGCUGAAGUAGGGGUGGAAAGGCAGCUGGUGACAUGUUGCCGGUAUGGGGGACGGUAUAGGGGACGGGGGCUGACGUGCAUCCGCGUCAGUCCUGGGGGACUUCAGACUUGCAUUUGUAGGGGGUUCCUAUAGGGUCUUCUGAUCACGGUUGCAUGGCGUAUGUGAGGGGUUAUAGGAACCCGAUUUGUGGCAGUAUUGUGCGUGCGAUGUGUUCGCUAAGCGUAGGACGUUAACACGUGGUGCGUGGAGCCCAGCCCGAUGUGUGUGCAAUAGGCUAAGUGUGUUGUGUGCCUGUGCCUGAGACGUCCCCAACUAUGGACGGGAGGUUUGCUGUGCGGGCGCAUGACAUGCCCUGUGUUCGGUAUAUGGAUAUGCACGUCAUGGAAACGCACGAGAAGACAGAAGAGCGACGCUUUAUAGGCCGCAUAGGACCGCCAUUCAUGCAUGUGCCAUCUGCGCUGAUGUGUGCGCGCGCGCGUGUGUGUUGCCUGUCGUUCGAAGCCUAUCUAGGCUGCCGUUUAGGUGCGACUCCGGCAGAGCAACCUCUGCUGGCAUUGUCCACCGCCGGCGGGAUUCAGUUGACACAGGACGCUGUCGCUUACCAGUAGUGGCUGUGUUGCCGCUGCUCCCCAUGCUGCUUCUUUUUCCACAAUUUAUUGCAAACAUGAUUCCUCCGGCACGUCGUGUGGGCACGUGAUUAAUUUGCCACCAGGUUGUUUACGGUUGCGUAUGGUACUGCGAGUUGCAGUUGACGUUGAAGACGUUGUGCCGUAGCUGGUUGUAGUCCUGAUGUACGACAUUGCCUAGGACAGUUGGGUGCGAAGACACGCACUGACACCCAGUUGCGCUGCUACCCCACUACUACCUGCGAACGAGGGGGGGUGUUGUGUGCGUGGGCCAUUGUUCCCCCCCCCGAUGAUACUUGGGGUGCCCACGUGACAAAAUUCCGUCGGGGGCCUUGUAACAGACGGAAACUCC